AUGGAUACCUACUCAGUAGUUGGCGUCUCCACACAAUGUGUUCCAUCCUUCGAGCAGAUCGGCUAUGUUGUCUUCAAUUGCACGGAGAUUUUCCACGGAGUGCUGGGUGCGGAUCCUAGCAUUUCGAGUGAUACAAUCCUCUGGACACACAUCGAUGCCACCACGCCUGGUUUCAACUUCAAACACGACAGAAAUUUCGAGUGUGCAUACUUCUCUGACGCCCAGCUGAACGCAAUCAACAACUCCAUCGGUGGCAAUGCAACGAAUGAUGGUGCCUCCGGAAAAUUUGCACUUGCGGACGACAAGCUUAUAAACCCGAUCUUUCUCGCAGUUGCCGGACUGAUUCCGGUUCAGGAUGGACCGGUGGGGGAAAGUUUGAGCAAAGAUAGAAAUCUGCUGUCCACAGGCGCUGCACUUGUUGCGUAUACACCGAACUGCUCAAUAAUGUCCUAUGACGUCGCCUAUGACUGGAUCAAUGGCUCCAUCAUCUCUUUCAGUUUUACCCAACCAAGAACGGCAGCACCCUCGAACUUGCCCACGGCAUGCAGGCAACGGGAAUGCCGGGGCGGUGCUUCCAGUCGGAAAGUUGGGCUCAAAGCCUAUCCUGGUGGUGGGCAUGCAUGUUCGUCGAGCAGCCUCGACUAUGACCACGAAUACCUCUAA